UACACUAUUCCUUACACUCUUGAUAAACAUCGUCGCGAACGACCGACGAGUUAGUACGAAUUAUUCAGUCAAGUACCUUCUGGACAGUACGCUGAAAAGGUAUCAUCAUGACUGCUGCAAGGCCCAGCACAUCCACAGACUGGGUUGUAUGCCUUGAACGUAGCCGAGAAAUCCUCCAGACAAGCAAACUUAGCGUAGAUAUCCUCCUUGAACCCUUGGUAUCCAACGAUGUUGUGACGACUGAGGAAGCGGCAAAUGUCAAACAAUUGUCUGUUGUAGCCCCUGCACGAGAGAAAAUUGAUUCUAUUUUAGACCUCCUUGUUUUAAAGGAGUUUUCAGCCUCUGAAAUAUUUUUCCAAACAAUAAAAGUCCAUGAGCCAUGGAUAAUAGACAGAUUGCAAUUGGAAGGAAUUCCCGUGAGUCAGUUUCUGGAAUGUGACGAUCUCACUUCUGAAGUUGAUAAACUGAAAGUGACAGAGAGUGAGACAUCUGACAACACUGCUCCUCCGCGACCGCAAACUGUAUCUGAACUUGAACAGGAGGAAAACUGGGACAAGCUACCGCAGUUGUGGUUUAGAGCGACGGAAUUGCAAUUUGGAGAGGGCGUUCCAGUGGUUCCUCUCGUCCAGGUUUUCUUUGAUUCUAUCUUUCCGGAGGUAACGAACGAUCUUGUUGCAAAAUACGUGAAGCAGAGUGUGCAUACGGACGGGCGUCUUACAGUGGAGCGACAAUUUGGAACAUAUGAGAAUUUCGUGAACGAAACAAGAGGUGCGGUUGGCAUUGUCACGAUGAAAAAGCUACCAGAGGCGCAGGAGUCGGAAGCUAUAAUACAGAUUUAUGAAUGUUUUCGCAGCUGA